AUGUGGGCUCACCAUCUAGUGAUCCCUCUUCUGCUCCUAAUAACAACUGGACAAUGCAACAUUGACAAAAGCCCUGCUAUGUUAUCCCACUACAUGAAUCUCCUGUCAUUCGGUGAAUCUUGGCUCGCUGCCACAUUUGAUAUGAGCUCUAAUGGAACUUUUUUCAUCGCUCAGAAUAGCGAGCGUCGAUUGGAAAUUGGAUUCCGCAAUAAAACACUGUACAUGGUUUUACCAAUCAGCAAGUCCAAAAUCGAGACCAGAAACUGGAUGAAACGAUAUGUCAUUGAUUUCGACAGCGUUGGAAAAAUCGGACCCAUCCUAGACUUGAUUGUUACCUUCCAACACAAUCACAUCCACGUUUACGAUGCGUGUGAUGAGAUUUUUGCUGGAUUCGAGCCCCACCUAGAGCUCAGUCUGGUUCAUGCCAAAACUAAAAUAGUGGAAAAUUGGGAAGGCGCACAACCAAUAGACUUUGGAAUCGGCUCUGGUUGGCCGAUUGGACAGAAAUGUAGGCAAGGUGGUGCCAAGAAGAAGUAUGCGGAUUCGUAUUCCGAAGAAAUCGAGAAAAGCUCCCAACAUACCACAUUCAAGGACUCCGACGAAAUCUUCUUCGAGCAAAUUGUGGUCUCUCCUCCAGGAUUCGAUGGAUGCAAGGUCAAUAAUGAAUUGCUCAUGAUCAAUGAAACCAAAAUUUUGGAUUGCAACAUUUGCACUUGUUUGUCCAGAGAUGAUGUCGUUUGCCGAGCGAUUGAUUGCCCGGCAGUGACUUGCAAGAAUCCAAUGAUAAAGAAAGGUGGUUGUUGUCCGGUUUGUGGAGAACAGUGCUUUUAUGAAAAUCACAAAAUCGCAAAUGCCCAUGGAGAAGUGUUCUGGCCAGGAGACUGUUAUCGGUGUCAGUGUUGGGAUACCAAAGUGGAGUGCUCCUCAGAAUACGCGACGUGUGAACCACCAGGCUGUCCAGAUGAGGAUUGGGUGUACAAUGAGAAAUUCAAUUGUUGCCCUCGAUGUCGUGACUUUGCACGUUUCUGUGCUGUCAAUCCGUGUCAUAAGGACGCGUCGUGCACCGACUCGAAACGAGGACCUAAAUGCUCGUGUAACACGGGCUUCCAAGGAAAUGGCACGUAUUGUGAGGACAUCGACGAGUGCGCUUUUUCUCAGGACGCACGCGAACAGCUCGGCGGCUGUUUGGCGGGAUCCAUCUGCCGCAAUAUUCCUGGCAGUUUCAAAUGCGACUGCAUGCCUGGCUACCAAAUGAUCGGAGAACACACAUGCCUUCCGUUGAUCCGAGUGUAG